AUGCCGACCAGUGCCGUAUAUCAGCCUACGACAGUUACUUAUGAGCAACAGCCUAAUGAUCAACGAUGGAAUUGUCCGAUCAGCUAUUUCUCACGACGAGUGACAAGUAGCCUGAACCGGGCAUUGUGUAUCAGGGUCGCUUUGUGCCUCUUGGGCAGUACCUUCUUCAUAAUUGGUCUGGCAUUGCUAAUAGCUGGAGGCGUGCAGUAUUCUGAUUCGACGGCACCCACGCAAGAUGACAACGGCUUCGGAGCUCUGAUAGCUGGUGGAGUCAUUCUCUGCCUCGGACUGCUAUUUGCAGGUAUAGGAGGAUGGGCGUGGUCAUCACGCUGGGGUGGAGGCAAGGAAGCCACGAACAACGCAGCGGCGUUGACAGCCCUCAACCCAUCGACGGAUCCCCUCGUGGCUGCUCAGUACGCGCCCGUGAGAGACGCCCCGCCAGCACCCGACGAUGAGAUGCGCAACCUCAUGGAUAAUAAGGAAUGCUUGAGCAGCGCAGAGGAGAGCGACAAAAUGUUAGACGGGAGGCCGUCUGUGGCGUAA